AUGAGAGGCUCCCAGGCCUCCAGCAGCCCCCCUGCGCCCCCCGGAGGCAGCCUGGAAGGCUUGGACCUCAGUCUGACGGGGCUCCCUCCACCCACGUCCCGACGCCCCAACAGCGCCUCUGCCGCCAAGCCCAUCGCCCGCUCCGUCUCCGUGGCCACCGGCGGCGAGCCGAAGAGGAAGGCGAUGGAGGCCACGGGGCCCAUCAACAACCUUCGCCGGUCCAGCAGCACCACGCAGGUCCACCAGCCACAAGCCCGGCAGGCGUGGGCCGGCCCCCCCAGGCCGGCCGAGCCCCCCGACUGCCUGACGCUCCACGAGAGCAGCCCCACCGGUGUGAGCGGCGCCUCCAGCGAGAAGGCGGCCACGUGGAACGUCCUGGACGACCAGCCCCGGGCCCUGCCCUCGCCGCCCGCCGCCCGGAGUCCCUGUGCCCUGGACGCGCCGGCGGGCCCACGGAGGAGAGAGGGCACCGUCCCCCUGGCUCCCAGCUUCACUGCCAACAACAGGAGCAACAAGGCGGCCGUGGGCAACUGCGUCACCGCCAUGGUGCACAACAACCACACGCCCGCCGAGCCCGCGGCCAAGAGCUCCAACCGCACGGCGCCCUCGCUCAACAACCUGGUCAAGGCGGCCACCCGGGAGGGCGCGGGCGGCGGCGGCAGGACGCCCGGGAACAACGCGGGCGCCGGGGGCCGGCUCCGGCGGGCGGUGACGGAGGAGGAGGCCGAGAGGUUCAUCCGCCAGGUGAACCAGGCCGCCGUCACCAUCCAGCGCUGGUACCGGCGCCAGGCCCGGCGGCGCCGAGCCCACGCCACCAGCCCGGGGCGCCUGCCGGCAUCCAAGCUCGAGGGCCAGCAGAGGCGGCAGGCGGAGGGCGACCCGCUGGGCCCGCAGAGGCGGCAGAGGGAGGCGGCCCGGAGGAAGGCCCGCGAGGAGAAGGCGCGCCAGGCCCGGCGGGCGGCCAUCCAGGAGCUGCAGCAGAGGCGAGCCCCGAAGUCCCGCCCCGGGGCCCAGGAGGCGGGGCCGCCCCCGGCCGCCCAGGAGCCGCCCCUGCGGCCAGGAGACAGCGCUCAGCAGGCCCCCAAGGCCAACAACACGGGGGCCAGCUUCCGGGCCCCGGGCCCCGAGGACCCCUGCCAGCCUGUCCCCGACACCUGCCCAGAGACCCAGCGGCUCCUGGAGGACAAGCCGCAGGACGCCGGCGCCCAGGACGCGGCUGGGGAGGCCCUGGGGCCGGGCGGCCCCGGGGGCCGGGCCCAGUACCGGGCGACCCUGGACGAGCUGCUGGACACGCUGCGGCUGCUGGAGGAGGCGCUCGAGCCGCUGCCCCGGCCCAGGGCCUCCCACAAGGACAGAUGCGCCUGGAGCGACGAGGAGGACGAUGCUGGCUCGCUGACCGCCGACCACCUGGAGAGGCUGAGCGCGCCGGCCGGGCCCCCGGAGGACGGCGCGCUGCUGUCCGAGGCCAAGCUGCAGAGCAUCCGGUGCUUCCUGGACGAGAUGGAGCAGUCGGGGCGGGAGCAGCCGGCGGACCUCCAGGGCCUCGUGCUGGAGGAGGGGCCGCGGCGCCUGGAGUCCGGGUCCGAGGCGAGCGCCUCUGUGAUGCGGCUGAAGCUGGAGGUGGAGGAGAAGAAGCAGGCGAUGGGCCUGCUACAGCGGGCGCUGGCGCAGCAGCGGGACCUCACCCUCCGGCGGGUCAAGGAGACGGAGAAGGAGCUGGGCCGGCAGCUGCGGCAGCAGAGGGAGCACUACGAGGCCACCAUCCAGCGGCACCUGUCCUUCAUCGACCAGCUGAUCGAGGACAAGAAGAUGCUGGCGGACAAGUGCGCGGCCGUGGUGGCCGAGCUGCAGCAGGGCGAGCAGAGGCGCCAGGAGCGGGAGGCCCGGAUGCGGGAGCAGCACGUGCUGGAGAUCAAGCAGCUCAAAGAGCUGAUGAGCGCGACGGAGAAGGCGCGCAGGGAGAAGUGGAUGAGCGAGAAGACCCGCAAGAUCAAGGAGAUCACGGUCCGAGGCCUGGAGCCCGAGAUCCAGAAGCUGCUGGCCCGGCACAAGCAGGAGGUGAAGAGGCUGCGCGGCCUGCACGCGGCCGAGCUGCUGCAGGCGGACGAGCGGGCGGCCCAGCGCUACGGCCGCCAGGCGGAGGCGCUGCGGGAGCAGCUGGAGCAGGACAAGGAGGCGCUGGCCCAGCAGGAGCGCGCCCGCGCCCAGCAGCGCUUCGAGCAGCAGCUGGAGCAGGAGCAGCGGGAGCUGCAGCAGCUGCGCCGGCGGCUCUACGGCGAGGUGGCCGAGGAGAGGGAGCGGCUGGGCCAGCAGGCCGCCAGGCAGCGGGCGGAGCUGGAGGACCUGCGGCAGCAGCUGGAGGAGGGCAGUGCGGCCAGGGCCCGGGCCCUGCGGGCCGAGCUGGACCAGGCGCGGGAGGAGCUGGAGCAGCGGCACCAGAUGGAGCUGCAGGCCCUGAAGGAGCAGCUGGAGGUGGAGCGGCGGCUGUGGGAGGCCAACUGCGCCAAGAAGGAGGAGGCGUGGCUGCUGAGCCGGGAGCGGGAGCUGAAGGAGGAGAUCCGGAGAGGCCGAGACAAGGACAUCGAGCUGGUCAUCCGCCGGCUGGAGGCCGACAUGACGCAGGCCCGGGAGGAGAGCGAGCGGGCCGCCGAGAGCCGCAUCAAGCGCCUGCGAGACCAGCACGAGGCGGAGCUGGUGGAGCUGGAGCAGGUGCAGCAGCGGCUGCAGGACCAGUGCGCCCAGCUGCGGGGGCGGCUGGCGGAGGCCGAGGGCGAGGGCGCGCGCCUGCAGGGCCUGGUGCGCCAGAAGGACAAGGCGCUGGCCGAAGUGAAGGCGGUGAACGAGCAGCUGGUGGGCGAGCGGAGCGGCCUGGCCCAGGUGCUCCGCCAGGAGUUCGCCGACCGACUGGCCGCCUCGGAGGAGGAGAGCCGGCGGGUCAGGGCUGAGCUGGCCGAGCUGCGGGCGCGGCAGCGGCUGGAGCUGGAGCAUCUGCGGCGGGAGAAGCAGGCGGAGCUGGAGGCCGUGCACGUCCGGGUGAAGGCGGCCCUGGCCAAGAAGGAGGAGGCCGUGAACAGCCUGUGGAAGCAGCACCAGGCCGCGGUGAAGCGAGCGGACCACCUGGAGGAGCUGCUGGAGCAGCGCAGGCGGCCUCUGCCCAGCGCCAAGUGA